AUGCUGGCUGGGCGCGCCGUCGCCUUGCUCUGCCUGACCUGGGGCACCUACCAGAGCCUGGCCGUCCCCAGGGUCACGGAAUGCGGCCUCUCCUGUUCCCAGGGCUUCGCCUGCAAGAGCCGCGUGAACCAAAAUAUUUUCAACAGCUUCUGCCGGCCACCCCCAGCAUCCAUGCCCAGGCCCGUGCUGGGGGCCCUGGCGCUCUCCACCGCCAUGAAGUGCUCCCCGCCCGACAGCUGCUUCCUGCUCCUGCGUGUUAAUGCCUCCCUCACGCUGCACGAGAGUCUGCAGGGCCUGGAGGCCUGCUCCACGAGCCUGGACACCCAGGAGACGCAGUGCCAGACUGUGCGGGUUCCCAGGGCCUCCCGCCGGCAGGCGGGGCGGCAGCUCCAGGUGCACUUUGACUGCUUCGAGGUGGGCGUGGCCCAGACCCUCUACGUCACCCUGAGGACUGUCCCCCACUUCUGCGGGGUCCAGCUGGGCCAGCAAUACCACAUGGAAGCUGAGCAGCUCUCCUACUGGGUGGACCGCAGCCGCAAGGUCGUUCUAGUACAGGUGCCCGAGUCUGGGGGCCCUGACUACUUCGCGCGGCUCUGUCUGAAGCGGUUCACCUGCGAGGACGCGGGCACCCCAGUGCUGGUAACGGGGAACAGUAUCUCCCGGAGGGUCUCUCUGCCCUACAGCCAAGAGUUGUCGUGCCUGUGCCUUGAGGUCUGGUCGGCGACCCCCGACGCGGUGCGAAUCCAAACCUGCCCCUUCAAAGAUGACACGGAGAGCCUCUGGGACGCCAUCCACUACCACCCGGGGAGCCAGGUGCUGAGCUGGGAGCCCGCCUGCCCCAUGAGAGGCCGUGUGAGUCUGUGCUGGCGGCCAGGGCCAGGGGCCCACUGCCUCGAGCUGAAGCACUCAGGCCGGCCGGCCCGCGGCAAGGUGCAGUACCCGCUCGUGGACACGCAGCCCCAGCUCUGCCUGAAGUUCUCCACGAGCCUGGGUUUCCAAGUGAGGUGCCCUUUCAAGCAGCCGCGCUUCCCAGCCUGGAAGAUGACCGUCCAGCCCGCACCCGCUCCGGGCCGCCUCCGGGUGGCCUUCUUCUCGUCCAGCCCCGCCCGCUUCCAGGUGUGCAUGUGUCACCAGGGAAAGACGUGGCCCCCCGACUGCCGUCGACUGCUCCAGGCCACCCCCGUCCCUGCGGCCUCUGGUGACCCCACAGAGGACCCUGCAGUGGCCUUUGUGGACAUUCCCAGGGACGAGGCCUGCGCACCCAGCACCUGCAUCCAGGGCAGGAGGAUCGAUGUCCAGUUCUCCGCUCCCCAGCAGCUCUGCAACCUCCAGUGCGCUGCCACCCAGGGGACAGCAGCCUGA